GCAGCAGCGUGCACCCGGGAGCAGUGGCCGCAAGCAGCUCCUGUUGCGCCGCUGAGUGCCCUCGCUGCCCGGGUCCUCCCACUGCCGUAUAAAGCCUGGGGCAGGCGCCAGCGCCCUCCGCUCCUGCCCGCAGCGAAGGAGGAGAGGCCCUCGGGUGCGGCGGUUCUCCAGGCACCGGUUUUCACUCUCGCUUCCCCCGCCCAGCUCUCGGGGGCUGGCGGCGCGGGGAGCGGCGGCAGGCCCGCGGGUGUGGAGGGGGAACAUGGCGUGGAGCGGCGGGCGGCCGCCGCGCCUCCUCUUGCCGCUGCUGCUGGCCGUGGCGCCGCUGGCGGUGGCGGAGCCGGAGCGGCGUCCCGGGUCCGGGCCCGCAGAUAAACUACUCGUUUUUACUGUAGCCACUAAAGAAACCGAUGGCUUCCACCGUUUCAUGCAAACUGCAAAGUACUUCAACUACACAGUAAAGGUACUUGGGAAAGGUGAAGAGUGGAAAGGUGGUGAGCUGCCUAACUCUAUUGGUGGAGGGCAGAAAGUUCGCUUGCUGAAAGAAGCCGUAGAAGGCUAUGCUGACCAAGAGGACUUAGUUGUAAUGUUUGUUGAAUGCUAUGAUGUUAUCUUUGCGGGAGGCCCUGAAGAGCUGCUAAAGAAAUUUCAAGAAGCUAAUCAUAAAGUGGUGUUUGCAGCAGAUGGACUGAUUUGGCCAGAUAAAAGGCUAGCUGAUAAGUAUCCUGUUGUCCGGACUGGAAAACGAUUCCUGAACUCAGGAGGAUUUAUUGGUUAUGCUCCAAACAUAAAUCAUAUAGUGCAGCAAUGGAAUCUGCAGGAUAAUGAUGAUGACCAGCUGUUUUACACCAAGAUCUAUGUUGACCCAUUGGCAAGGGAACGCAUUAACAUUACCUUGGACCACAAAUGUGCAAUUUUCCAGACCCUAAAUGGAGCUGUUGAUGAAGUCCUCUUGAAGUUUGAAGAAGGGAAAGUGAGAGCAAGGAAUUCAAUGUAUGACACUCUACCCAUCACUGUUCAUGGAAAUGGCCCAACUAAAAUACACUUGAAUUAUUUGGGAAACUACAUUCCUAAUGCCUGGACACGGGAAACUGGUUGCAGUGUUUGUGAUUUAGACCUACUAGACCUGUCAACAGUAACGGAAUAUCCACGAGUAAAAAUUGGUGUUUUCAUUGAACAACCCACUCCUUUCCUACCUAAAUUUUUAGACAGACUGUUGACUCUGGACUACCCAAAGGAGCAACUCAGUAUCUUCAUUCAUAACAAUGAGGUUUACCAUGAAAAGCACAUCAAGAAAUUCUGGGAAAAAGCCAAGAAUAUUAUAAAAAGUAUCAAAAUUGUUGGACCUGAAGAAAAUCUGAGUCAAGCAGAAGCCCGGAACAUGGGAAUGGACCUUUGUCGCCAGGAUAAAGCAUGUGAAUAUUAUUUCAGCGUAGAUGCAGAUGUGGUGCUGACAAACCCGAAAACUUUAAGACUCCUUAUGGAACAGAACAGAAAGAUAAUUGCUCCACUUGUAACUCGUCACGGGAAGCUGUGGUCCAACUUCUGGGGUGCUUUGAGCCCAGAUGGCUAUUAUGCUCGAUCAGAAGAUUAUGUUGAUAUUGUUCAAGGGAACAGAGUAGGAGUAUGGAAUAUUCCUUAUAUGGCUAAUGUCUACUUGAUUAAGGGACAAACUCUCAGAUCGGAGAUGAAAGAGAAGAACUACUUCAUGCGUGAUAAGCUGGAUCCUGAUAUGGCUCUCUGCAGGAAUGCCAGGGAAAUGACUUUACAAAGGGAAAAAGACUCCCCUUCUUCGGAAACUUUCCAUAUGCUCAGACCCCCAAAGGGGGUUUUCAUGUACGUUACCAACAGACAUGAGUUUGGAAGACUUCUUUCUACAGCCAAUUAUAAUACCUCCCACUACAACAAUGACCUCUGGCAGAUAUUUGAAAAUCCUGUGGACUGGAAGGAAACUUAUAUAAAUCCUAACUACUCGAAGAUCUUCACUGAUAACAUAGUAGAACAGCCAUGUCCAGAUGUGUUUUGGUUUCCUAUAUUAUCUGACACAGCCUGUGAUGAGUUGGUAGAAGAAAUGGAACAUUUUGGACAGUGGUCUGGUGGAAAACACCAAGACAGCCGUAUUUCUGGAGGCUAUGAAAAUGUCCCCACGGAUGAUAUUCACAUGAAGCAAAUUGGGCUGGAUAAUGAAUGGCUGCACUUCAUAAGGGAGUUCAUUGCACCGGUAACGCUCAAAGUGUUUGCUGGCUAUUAUACCAAGGGGUUUGCCUUACUGAAUUUUGUUGUAAAAUACAGCCCUGACAGACAACGAUCCCUAAGACCUCAUCAUGACUCCUCUACAUUCACAAUCAAUAUCGCUCUCAACAAAGUAGGAGAGGACUUUCAAGGAGGUGGAUGUAAAUUUCUUAGGUACAACUGCUCCAUUGAGUCUCCCAGGAAAGGAUGGAGUUUCAUGCACCCAGGAAGACUCACUCAUUUACAUGAAGGACUUCCUAUCUUGAAUGGCACAAGAUACAUUGCAGUAUCAUUUAUUGACCCUUAAUUUUAUUUUCCCUCUUCAACAACAGUGUUUGGUUCUUUACUUCAACAUUUAUUUAUAGAUUUCUUCUGGAAGACGGUGAUAAAAGAAAAUUUGAGUUACUGUUUCUAGGUAGCAAACUCACUUUGGGCUAAAAGAAAAGGAAAAUGGUCUAAAAUUGAAGAUUUCAUAUUGUCUGCUCUGAGCCUCGAGUCAGAAAGUAAACAUGUCCUGCUUGGUUUUUUGUUCUGCAGAUUUAAAAGGAGGGAGAAUGGAAAAACAUGUUAUAAAGAAUCUGUUUCUGUGUUGGAAAACAUAUCUUAAAAGGCAACAAACAGCCCUAGAUACAAAUUUGUCUAAAAGCUUUUUGUGGUUUUUAUUCAGUAAAGGGACACAGCUGAGGUUUUUCAUGGUGUGUAUGUUUGGUAGCAACUAAAUGAUGAAGCCAAAAUCAAGCAAAUCUUUAAUGCAGAGCUGUUGGGGUAAGUUGGUGUUACACCGAAGAGAGAACAUCUCAGCAGCCUAUUUUAAAUCAUGGAAUCAGUCAGGGUUGGAAAGCACCACGAGGAUCAUCUAGUUCCAACCCCCCUGCCAUGGCCAGGGACACCCUACCCUAGAGCAGGCUGGCCAGAGCCUCAUCCAGCCUGGUCUUAAACAUCUUCAGGCACGGGGCCUCAACCACCAUCCUGGGCAACCCAUUCCAGGCUCUCACCACUCUUAUGCUGAACAACUUUCUCCUCACAUCCAGUCUGAAUCUCCCCACCUCCCAGUGAAGAAUUCUAUCAACACAGAAAUGCACACCUUUAGAUGAAAAGAAAUUAGUUUUGGAGGUGGAGCUAAAUAUUACCUUGGCUGAUGAUUUGUUUCGAGAACUCAUCCUCUUGAAAAUUAACUUCUCUUCACCAAGUGACCUUCAUUUAAAAUGAGUUAUUUUUCUAAGUGUGUAAUUGUACCCGACUGAUACUGGAAAUUUGCUGUUUAUUUUCAGAAUGCUGGUAAAUUUUAAUAAUGUCCUCUUUUGUAAAACAAAACCAAAACAGUUUUUCUACACUCUUACUUGAAAUGACUUGACUUUUGUAUCAGGAAAAACGAAACGAUGACAGUCGGAAGGGUCUGAACUUGCCGUUUAUUUUAGAGAACAUGGAGUUAAAAUAUUCCUACUGUAUCUACUGUUUGUAACUUAAAGAAACUUGAAGCUAACUUUCUCGAAGUCUACCAUGCCAAAAUGCACAGUGUGUUUGGGAGAAAAAAAGAAAAACCAACAAACUUGUGAAAAAUAAAGGGUAAUGUUAAGUUAAUGUAA